AUGGAAUGCGCCGCCUGCCUCAAGUUUUUGACUCUGAUCAGCGAUUUCCGUGGUGGGUUCAUUGUGUUUGGUUGUUUCUCUCCGUCUUUCAAUUUCCUGUGGCUUUUUUUGCUUUUCGCCUUUGGGUUGAAGCUGCUCCGGUCAAUUGAUCCCAGAAAUGGGUUUUCUUAUAGAAAAGGUUUCGAUUUAGCAUUCCACUCCAAGGUCGCCUCUUUCAAGGUUGUGAAUUCGAGGAAAAUCGAUUAUGUAGAGGAAGAUGAGAGGACGGAAUGUUUCGCUGAGGAAGACGAUGAAUUUGACGUGUUGGCAUUGAGGAGAUUGGUUAGGAAUGAGAGACGGAGAGCUGUGGGGGCUCAAUUGGAGCUGGAGAAGGAAAGAAUGGCUGCAGCAUCUGCUGCUGAUGAAGCAAUGGCUAUGAUUCUAAGGCUUCAGAAUGAGAAAAGCUCCUCAGAGAUGGACGCCAAGCAGUACCGCAGAGUGGCGGAACAAAAGCAGGAGUAUGAUCGAGAAGUGAUCCAGUCCCUCCAAUGGAUCAUCAUGAAACAUGAAUACGAAAGGAGCUUGCUGGAAGAGAAGCUCGAGUUAUGCAGGCAACAGCUGCAGCGCUGCCUGAGGAGAGAUGAACUGGAGGAACUUGACGCGGCUCUCAUCUCAUUAGGUUCAACCUCUGAUUGUGGUUUGGAUGAGGAGGAUGAAUUGAAGAUGGGUUUUGCAUCUCCUGCAGCUUGUGUUCAGACAAAAGUUUUUCAAGACGGUUUAUGGACAGAAUGAUGGUGAGAGCGAAGCAGCAUGCAUAACAAACAGUUCAUGGACUGGGGAAUGGAGCAUUCUUGAAUCCAGCUCUCCACCAUGGUCCCCACUCAGACAAAUAUUCGCAGUUGUCAACUGUGCUGGAAUAGCUACAAAAUUUUCCCGCAAUCCUUUGCAUGAAGAACC